AUGCGGGGACAUUUACCGCCCGUGGGAGAUAGGUCCUCGUGCUGGAAGGCGCACUCUGUGUUCAAAGUGCGCCUUUGGCGAAUGAGGGGGCACGAAAUGCCCCCGGAGAAGGAUUCGGAGGAAGCAGACAGAGAGUUGGAGGCUUUGGUUGGGCCUUGGAAAGGCACUGGAGCCGCCCCUAAGCGGCCCCGUGAGGUGAUGGACCCAUUAGACGAGGAAGAGGGGGAGCCCUUGGAGAAGGCUGCGGCAGUGGAGCCUGAGCCUGAACCUAAAUUGUGGUCGAAAACUGGGAGGGGGAUGGGUGCAGAGAGGGGGCGCCGUCCUACUACCACUCAGAGUAGGUCUCAGACAGCGGAUGAGGAGCUUCGAGAACGUAGCCCCAUCCUAUCGCACAUUGACUACGCCCUUUCAAGGGAUGAAUUGAUUGACAGAGCCAGGAGCGCGGUUUCCUCGAUAAUGAGUGAAACCCAGAAAUCAGGCAACCUCAAGGGCGGUGUUAGGGGGGAAAUAAACCGGGCCACUAAGAUUAUCUACUCGGCCAUGGAUUCCCUCCAGGCAAUGACGGCUGACGAGGAAGCUAGGAGGCUUCGGGCAGAUAAUAGGAGGAUGCGACAGGAGAUGGCUGUUUUACGAGCCGAGGUCAAGGCUCUCCGGACCUCUUUCUCCGCAAGGGAGAAAUCCCCUGCUCCAAUGCGUCAGCCUGACCUAGAUGUGGAUCCCCAGGCCUCCCCAGCUCUUGGGGAAAUGCUCGAAACCCUCAAAAGGGAUCUCUUUGUUUCAAUUGGAGGGAUGGUGAACGAGCGCCUCAAACAGCUGGAAAAGCGGCUGCCUCAGGAGCCCAUACUGAGGCCCCCACUAGCGGCAGACAAGAAGAGGGGGAAAGUAGACCGCCACCCCCCGGACGAGCCUUCCGCGGGCCCAUCGCCAGCUCGCCCAGCGAAGACGCAACGGACGCAAACGGCAGGACCUAAGGCAACCAAGCCUGCACCUACGUCACAGGCAGAGGGUAGCGCUCCCUUGCGUAAAGAAACGCCACAUGAGACCGAGGCCGCUGCGACCACGGCCCCGACUCCGCCAGCCUGGUCAGAAGUAGUCGGGAGGAAGGCCAAGGCCAAGUCCAAGAAGCCCGCUGGACGCAAAACUACCGUCCCAGCCCACGCACCUGCUAAGACUCCGCCGGCUACCCGGAAGGGUAAAUUGACCUCGCCCAAGUCCUCGGCAGUCGUCAUUACCCUGAGGCCAGAAGCCGUCGCAACACAAAGUUAUGCGACGGUCAUGAAGGCAGCCACUUCUGGCUUUGCCCUUUCGGAGGUCGGGGUAAAUCACGUGCGGGUCCGCAAAUCCGCCACCGGGGCUCGAAUUAUUGAGGUCCCAGGAGCCGGCAGUGCAAAGGCCGCGGAUGAGCUGGCCGGGAAACUGCAAGGCCUAGUUGGCGAGUGGGUGACGGUGUCCCGGCCCAUGAAAACUGCCGAACUUCGGCUGGUCGGGCUCGACGAGUCGGUCACUCCCGAAGAGGUCCAGCGAGUGGCGGCAGAGAAGGGAAACGUCCCACCGGAGCAGGUUAGGGUUGGCGCCAUUCGAAUGGGACCAAGUGGGACUGGAUCAUCCCUUGUCCGAUGCCCGGUGCCCGCAGCAAAGCUGCUCAUUGCGGCAGGACGAUGUGGUAAGGAUGGGCACAAGGCGGCCUCGUGCUCAGCUGACCCGAAGUGUGCAGUCUGCACGCAGUUGGGUAGGAAAGCUGGGCAUGUCAUGGGGGGGCUGAAGUGCUCUCCACCCCCUACAAAGGGUAAAGAGGCCCCUUUGACCCGGGCCCCUGACACAGGCAAUGGGCAACAGGAGACUGAACCGGAGGACAUCGAAAUGGACGCUUAA